CCUACGGGCGGCCCGUGGGGGCGGGGUGGCGAGCGGCGGCCGUAGUGCGAACCAUGGGAGGCGGCUGGUGGUGGGCUCGGGCCGCCCGACUGGCCCGGCUCCGCUUCCGGGGGGCGCUGCUGCCUUUGGUGUGGGGAAUAAGGUUAAGCAGAGGGCUGUCAGACUGGGUGGCGAUUUGGAAUGAAGUGGGCAAACACUGGCCAGACAGGGUUUGGGCUGAUGCUGAUCUUUCCCCCCACCUUUCUCCAGCUUUCCUCUCCUGGUUCCGCAAUGGGCUCCUGGCUUCAGGCAUUGGGGUCAUCUCCUUCAUGCAGAGUGACAUGGGUCGGGAAGCUGCUUACGGCUUCUUCCUGCUGGGUGGCCUGUGCGUCGUGUGGGGCGGUGCCUCCUACGUGGUGGGCCUGGCGGCGCUGCGCGGACCCAUGCAGCUGUCGCUGGGGGGCGCGGCGGCGGGUGUGGGGGCCGUGCUGGCCGCAGGCCUGCUCUGGGCUUGUGCCGUCGGUCUCUACAUGGGGCAGCUGGAGCUGGACGUGGAACUGGUGCCCGAGGACGACGGGACCUCCGCCGCUGAAGGGCCCGACGAGGCCGGCCGGCCGCCGCCAGAGUGAGCAGCUGGACCAUGGGGAGUGGCCGGGCGCGGGACGGCCCGGAGCCCAAGGACCGGGACAUUAAAACGACCCUUGUCCCCAU